CAGCGCCCAGCCCCGGUCCCUCCCCAGGCGGGACUCCAGGAGCGGAAAUUCCUGCGCGGGCGGGACCCGGCGGGAGCGGAUCCCAGCGGGCGGUCUCGGCCAUGGAGCCCGUAGCGACCUGGACCCCCGGGAAGGUGGCAGCUUGGCUGAGAGGCCUUGAUGACUCCCUGCAGGACUAUUGCUUUGAGGACUGGGAGCUCUCUGGCAAGUACCUGCUCCAGCUCUGUCCCCGAAGCCUUGAGGCUCUGACCGUGUGGCCUGUGGGCCACCAGGAGCUCAUCCUGGAAGCGGUAGAACAGCUCCGGGCCCUGAGCUCUGGGCUACAGACAGAGAACCUUCAGAGCCUGACCGAGGGGUUGCUCGAGGGGACCUAUGCUUUCCAGAGCUUAGUCCAAGGCCACCUGGAAGGCUGUGCCGAGCCCCCUGCUGAUGUCCUCAGCGCAGCUGUGGAGCUGGUGCAUGAGGCCCGGACCCUCCUCUUCUGGCUCAACAGAUACCUCUUCUCCCACUUAAAUGACUUCUCAGCCUGCCAGAAGAUUGGGGAGUUGUGCGGGGAGCUGGGCCAGGCCUUGCAGGAGGACAUUCCGGCGGCCGAGAAGGAGAGCAGAGUGCUGGGGAUUUGCAGCCACGUGGCGAGGAUCUGCCACCACAUCCUGAGCUGCAGCCCCCAGGAGCUGCUGGAGCAGAGGGCUGUGCUGGAGCGCGUGCAGCUGGACCAUCCUUUGGGCCUGGAAGUCCACACCACCAGUAACUGCCUGCACUUCGUGUCCCGUGUGGGCACCCAGGUGGGAAUCCCACGCCCUUCUCAGCUGCCCACCCUGAGGCCCUACCCUCCAGGUGAGCCCGCUUCAGGCCCCUGGAGAGCGAACCCUGUGAGGCCCCCCCCCCCAUACCAGGUCCCUGCUGACUCCCAGCUGCAGAUCCUGCCUGGAGACGAGAUUGUCCAGGUCAAUGAGCAGGUGGUGGUGGGCUGGCCCCAUAAGAACGUGGUGAGGGAGCUGCUGCGGGAGCCAGCCGGGGUCAGCUUAGUGCUGAAGAAAGUCCCCGUGCCAAAGACCCCUCCACAGACCCCUCCUCCAGUCCCGGGCUCCCCACAGCUGACGAGCCCCUCACUGGCUUUCACCCCACUGUCUCCCAGGGCGUCAUCCAAAGACGUCUUUGCCUUUGACCUGACUUCAAACCCGAGUCCUGCACCCAGCCCUACCUGGACAGACUCCACCUCGCCUGACCUUGAGUCCCGGCCCAUUCUCCCUGCGCCCCCAGCCACACUGCCCGCAGGGGUAGCAGAGGCUCAGGAAGGUCCAGAACAGCCUGACAAGAGUCCUGUUUCUGGUCGGAAUAAAUCAAAAGGCGUGGCGACGCGACUGAGUCGCCGGCGGGUGUCGUGCCGGGAGCUGGGCCAGCCGGACUGUGAUGGCUGGCUCCUGCUGCGCAAGGCGCCCGGUGGCUUCAUGGGCCCGCGCUGGCGCCGCUGCUGGUUUGUGCUCAAGAGACACACGCUCUACUGGUACCGCCAGCCCCAGGAUGAGAAGGCUGAGGGCCUCAUCAAUGUUUCCAACUACAGUCUGGAAAGUGGACAGGAUCAGAAGAAAAAAUAUGUGUUCCAGCUCACCCAUGACGUGUACAAACCCUUCAUUUUCGCUGCUGAUACCCUGGAGGAUCUGAGCAUGUGGGUACGCCAUCUCAUUACCUGCAUUUCCAAGUACCAGUCUCCAGGGCAGGCCUCCCUGCCCCGAGAGGAAGACUGCUACAGUGAGACAGAAGCAGAAGACCCUGACGAUGAGGCUGGGUCCCGCUCAGCCUCGCCCAGCCCAGCCCAAGUUUGGAGUCCACUCCAUGGAGACACGUCACCCACAGCCACCCCCACGCAGGGCAGCCCACGGACUUCCUUUGGCCCACCAACAGACACCAGUGAAGGGGCGCUGGAAGGAAUGGUGCAGGGGCUGAGGCAGGGUGGCGUGUCCCUCCUGGGCCAGCCGCAGCCCCUCACUCAUGAACAGUGGCGGAGCUCUUUCAUGCGGCGCAACCGAGACCCCCAGCUCAACGAGCGAGUACACCGCGUGCGUGCGCUACAGAGCACGCUCAAGGCAAAGCUGCAGGAGCUGCAGGCCUUGGAGGAAGUGCUAGGUGACCCCGAGCUGACGGGAGAGAAGUUCCGACAGUGGAAGGAACAGAACCAAGAGCUUUACUCAGAGGGCCUGGGAGGCUGGGGAGUGGUGCAGGCUGAGGGCCACUCCCAAGUCCUGAGCUCUGACUCCAGAGAACAGUCUUCCCACCCCCUGCCCCCUGACCCUGAGGAGCAGUCCUGUCUCUGCCCCCUGCCCCCAGAGAGCAACCUCCGACCUUCUGACCUCUGACCCUGGUCAGUACCCUGGCUCCUGACCUCUGGCCUUGAGAACCACCUCAGCCCCCAAGCCUCUGACAUCUCUAGGACAGAGCACCCCCGGGUUCUGUUCAAGGCUAGAAGUAGUGCUAGUCCCUGUGUCACCCCAGAGGCCCCCCUUUGCCUAUGCGUCCACCAUUUCUGCUCCUCCCUCCCCUAGAGUGGGGUAAAGUGAAGUGUCAUCCAUCUGUGUCAUCCUCUCUCACCAAUGAAGGAACGGAAAGCUGGGCUGAAAGAAAUUCUCUCCCACAUCAUCCUCCCACCCGUGGGGGCACAAACCUGUCCCCCUCCAUCUCUGGCCCUUCUCCCUUCCCCAAACCGGUCUUGUAUAGGUGUUCAUUUUACACAAACACUUUCAACAAAAUAAAAUCAG